GCUUGCUGUGCACGUUUUCUCUUCUUGUUGCAUACAUCACCGCCGAGACAUUGCAGGCGUGCACGCCGUCGCUGCCGUCGCCGUCGUCGUUGUCCCAAACGCGCAAACAGCGCCGUCUACCCCGCCGUCUACCCGCCAAACCGACUUUUCACCCCCCACCGACACAGCCCCACACCUCCACCCAACGAACCCUCUCGCCCAAGAUGAUGACCCAGAUCGAGUUCCGCGGCACGCGCAUAAACAUCGGCGCAGUCGAGACGCAGGGCGACGUCGAGCGCGCGCUGAGGAGCCGCCUGGCCGCCGCGGCGCCAAAAUUCGCAUCCGCCGUGCUCUGCGCGUACGUCGAGCACAAGUACAGCCGGGGCAAGGACGAGGCCGGCGUCGGGCGUAAGCUCGAGACAUUAGAAACGAGAAUGCCCCAGUUCGCAGUCACGUUCCGCUCCAUAAGGAGACGGUACUCGCUCGGCCCGAGCCGCGUCCUCGGGCCAGGGGACGACCGGGACCCCGUCGUGCGCACGGACGAGGGCGGAGAUGGGGGGCGAGCACGCCCGCCAAGCUAUGCGCGGGUCGACCCCGACCCCGUGUCCGUCGCGGCGGUCGCGCAGCUCGCGGCCGCUGCCGAGGCCGCGCUCGAGGACCUGCUGGCGGAAGAAGCGUGCCCCUCCUGGUCGCCUGCAGCUGUUAUAGGCCGCGACGCGCCACCUGCGUUCGUGUCCCGCGCCCUCGCAGUCGUGUGCAGCUACGUCGAGCACAAGCUCGGCAAGAAAUCCACCUCGGGCGUCGUGUUCAAGCUUGAGUCGCUCGAGCGCUGCCUCCCACAAUACGCCGAGACGUUCCUCGCCAUCCGCUCAGCCUACUCGCUCCCCCCAUCACGCGUGCUCAAGGGCAUGGGCGUGCGCUCGCAUCGCCGCCGCCUAGAGCCCGCCGUCGCGGUCGUGCGCGUCGCGUCCGAGCGCGACCCCGAGCUGCCGGCCUACUCGUCCAACGACCCAGAUCCGCUCGCGACCGGCCGGCUGGUGGACGAGCUCGCGUUCUGGGCCGAGGUGGAGAGCUGGGGCGCGGUUCCGGCUGUUGUGGAGGAGAGCUGGGGCGCGCCGCCUGCGUUUGGCGCGCCGCCGUCGAGGGUGCUGGUGUAGAGGGGAGUGCCGAGGUGCGCAACUUUGACGCACGCGACGACGGCGAGGAGGCCUCGGCAAGCACUCGACGGCUCGCCUGUUGCCCGCGCCCCGCGACGCAAGCGAUGCCCGCGAAGCGAGGCUGGCGCCGCCAGAUAUAGAGACAGAAGUCACACUAGAUAUAGACGACGAGAUGGUUCAUGUG